AUGGUGACCGACAGCCGCUCCGAAAGCACAUCAGCGUCGAUAACCGACGACGUAAACAUCGCCUUCGAAGACAUAACAUACAAAGUGCGGCACACUCUACUGCCAGGAGGAUCCAAGACGAUAUUAAACGGUGUGAGUGGACAAUUUAACGCUGGUGAAGUGAGUGUCAUCAUAGGACAAUCAGGCGCAGGAAAGAGCUCUUUGUUGGACAUCCUUGCAGGAUAUACAUCACCAACUAGUGGCAGAAUUUGCGUUAACGGUCGGCUGAGGAAUGAGAAAUUGUUUCGGCGUCGAUCCUGUUAUAUUCUCCAAGAUGACAGAGUACAAGACAUGCUCACUAUUGAGGAGUCACUCAAAUUCGCCGCGGAACUGAAACUCGGGACUCACAUCAGCACGCAACAAAAACUGCAAAGGGUAGAACAAAUAAUAACAUCGCUCGGUGUAAGCAGAGCUAGAGAUACGAGGGCCAUUGACCUUUCUGGGGGACAAAGGAAAAGGCUGGCUAUCGGAUUGGAGCUCGUCAACGAUCCCCCAGUUAUGUUCCUAGAUGAACCUAUUAGUGGGCUAGACAUAUCGAUAUCGAAGCAGCUCGUUUAUCUACUGCGGCGGCUGGCUCGCCAGGGCAGAACCGUCGUGAUAUCAAUGCAUCAGCCAUCAGCGACUCUACUGGAUAUGGUCGAUAGACUGUAUGCCAUCGUGGGUGGUCGUUGCGGUUAUAUGGGUGCCGUGUCGCUCCUUGUUCCGUUCUUGAAGGAAAUCGACCUUAUAUGCCCUGCUUAUCACAAUCCAGUUGAUUUCUUUAUAGAAAUAUGUAACGACUAUGAAAAGGAUCUGGAGAAUCACUCGAAGAAUGGCAAAGAUGACCAAUAUAUAAAUAAUAUAUUUUCUGAGACUGAAUCUAAAUUAUUAAGUAUAGAUUUUAACAUUAAAGAAGACGACGUUUGUUUGACAACUCUACCGCCACCAAAAGAGGACCCCACCAACAAAAUAUUGUUAGCGCUGAAAAGUACAUAUCCAACUACGCCGUUAAAGCAAUUCGCUAUUUUAACUAGAAGAGCUUUACUGACAGUUUGGCGGGACCCAUCCUUUACUGUGAUCAACGUAGGAAUCCACUGUGCAAUGGCACUGUUUGUCGGGUUGCUAUUCUUCAAAGUCGGUGAAGAUGCGAAAUACGUUAGAGAUAACUACAACUUCCUCUACUUCAGCCUUAUGUUUCUCAUGUUCACGGCCUUCAGUGGAGCAACAGUACGAUUUCCAGAACAAGUUCCAAUCAUACGUAGAGAGCACUUCAACCGAUGGUACAACACCGGGGCCUAUUUUGCGUCAACGUUAGCCUCUAUACUUCCGAUGCAGACAAUCAGCACCUUGUCGUUUUGCUUCAUCACCUACUUCUUGACUGGGCAGCCGCCUGAACCUUUCCGAAUAGCAACUUACAGCGCCACGCUUUUGCUCGUUUCUUACGUAGCUGUGUGUGUUGGUCUGUUGAAUGGCUCUCUAUUUACUGUUAAGAAUGCUGUAGUGUUCGGCCCCUUCUUCAUAAUGCCGUUCACCAUAUUUUCCGGAUUCUUCCUGAGAUACAGCGACGCACCGUCCGUUUUCCGAUGGAUAUUUCACAUAUCCUUCCUGAAACAUGGUCUUGUGGGCUUGGUGAUAUCUGUCUUUGGGAUGAACCGUCCAAAACUAGUGUGUACCGAUAUUUACUGUCACUACGCGAAACCCAGUCAGUUUUUGAAAGAUUGUGAUAUGUUAGAUGAGAAAUUCCUAGUUGCGAUGGUCUCACUCGCAUGUAUAGGGGGGGUAGUUAUUACUCUAACGUAUGUAAUAUUAAAAAUACGUUUAAAACUCAGAUGGUAA